CGUCCAAAUUUCUCCUUAUUCCUCCCAAACUCCCAAGGAAGAGACACCACGAAAUAUGAACCGAAACAGACGGGACGGCGGAGAAGAUGAGAACGGUUUACUGUGGAAGCUUCCAGUUCUGAAAUCUGCCCGACUCGGAAAGUUAGGCCCCGCCUUCGGUUUGGGCGUGGGCUGCGGCGUCGGCUUCGGCGUCGGCCUCGUCGGAGGUGCUGGAUUUGGUCCGGGAAUUCCAGGAUUACAAUUUGGCUUUGGUCUUGGUGCUGGAUGUGGAGUUGGCUUAGGAUUUGGCUAUGGUGUUGGCAGGGGCAUUGCCCAAGAUGACAGAAGGAGAUACUCUAACGUUGGGGAUCUAUUACACGGUCAAGGUCAUCAAAGUAUUUUUUCUCAGGAUGAGAUUGGUGCACUUGUUGACGAGCUUGUCGUUAACACAAGAAGGCUUAUCCGAGCUACUUCGAGGGAGAUUGACAAGUGGAGAAGAUGAGAUGACUAAUCUGUUUUUACAUUGUACAAGUCCAGUUCCAUAAUUAGAAAGUACAAUCAAUCAAAAUCAUGCUAGUUGGUUAUGGUGUUAUUAUAUAGCCAAUUUAAAGUACAGCUCUUUGGUAAGAUGCAUUUGGUUGCCCCAAAUGCAUCGUGUGCAGUCUCAAAAUAUGGAAUAGUUAACUGCAGAAGUAGCUGUUCCAUUAGAGGAUGGUUGUUUCAUUUGAGCUUUUUCUGCCUCAUUAUGAUGUGCACUUUGUAUAUCACACCAAGCAAUGGAGACAAUUUGAUUUUUUUGUCAUAGUGUUGGUUAGCUGAGUUGACAUCAGUUAAGCCAAUUACUCUGUCUUAGCCUUUCGUUUUAA